AUGUCGAACUUUACCCAGCAGAAACUGGUCCAAGAGUGUGCUGGAGUCAUGAGCCUUUGCAGGACUUCUGCACGGCCUCUUUCCCGGGAAUCCCGUGGUGAUGAGCACAGCGACAGCCUCAACCCCAACGUGUGCGCGGUGCAGAAGCUGAUCGGCACGAACAGGAAAUACUUCACCAACUGCAAGCAGUGGUACCAAAGGAAGAUCUGCGGGAAGUCAACAGUAAUCAGUUACGAGUGCUGUCCUGGAUAUGAAAAAGUUCCUGGAGAAAAAGGCUGCCCAGCUGCGCUGCCGCUUUCAAACAUCUAUGAAACCCUGGGAGUUGUUGGGUCUGCCACCACACAGCUCUACUCUGACCGGUCUAACCUAAGGCCAGAAAUUGAAGGACCUGGAAGUUUUACAAUUUUUGCCCCAAGUAAUGAGGCCUGGGCAUCCUUGUCUGCUGAAACUCUGGAUUCCUUAGUCAGUAACGUUAACAUUGAGCUGCUCAACGCCCUCCGCUACCACAUGGUGAACAAACGGGUCCUCACAGACGAUCUGAAACAUGGGAUCACACUUAACUCAAUGUACCAAGACCUGCCUAUCCAGAUUCACCAUUAUCCCAAUGGGAUUGUGACUGUGAACUGUGCCAGGCUGUUGAAAGCUGACCACCAUGCCACUAACGGAGUGGUUCAUGUCAUUGACAAAGUCAUUGCCACCACUACAAACAGCAUUCAGCAGAUCAUUGAGACUGAGGAAAGCCUGGAAACCCUUCGGGCUGCUGUGGCUGCUUCUGACCUCAACAGCUUGCUGGAAAGCGAAGGCCAGUACACGCUCUUGGCUCCAACCAACGAAGCCUUUGAGAAGAUCCCGCAAGAAACACUGAACAGGAUCCUGGGGGACCCAGAAGCCCUGAGGGCUAGGCACUUGCUGAACCAUCACAUCCUGAAGUCAGCCAUGUGUGCUGAGGCCAUCAUCGCUGGCCUGACAAUGGAGACUCUGGAAGGAACCACCUUGGACGUGGGCUGCAGUGGGGAAGAACUGACCCUCAAUGGGAAGCCCAUCAUUGCCAACAAGGAUGUCCUGGCAACCAACGGUGUCGUACAUUUUGUUAAUGAGCUGCUGAUCCCAGACUCAGCUAAGACCCUGUUUGAGUUGGCACAAGAAUCUGAAGUUUCCAAGUCUAUGGACCUUUUCAGACAAGCUGGUCUGAGUUCUCAUCUAACUGGCAGUGAGCAAGUGACCCUCCUUGCCCCAGUGAAUGACGUGUUCAAAGAUGGACUCCCCAUUGUUGACAGCAACAUGAAAAACUUGCUUCUGAACCACAUUGUUAGAGACCAGCUCUCCUCUAAACAUCUUUACCAUGGACAGAAACUACAGACUCUAGGUGACAAGGAACUGAGAGUUUUUGUGUACCGCAAUAACCUUUGCAUUGAAAAUGCUUGCAUUGCUGCCCAUGACAAGAGAGGAAGGUUUGGGACCCUGUUCAGCAUGGACAAAAUGUUGACUCCACCAUCUGGCUCAGUGAUGGAUGUUCUCAAGGCAGACCAUCGCUUCAGUACGCUGGUGGCUGCAAUCCAGUCUGCAGGUCUAACGGAGAACUUGAACAGGCCAGGUACCUUCACGGUGUUUGCUCCAACAAAUGAAGCUUUCCGAGCCAUGCCUCAAGGGGAACUGAACAAACUAAUGGGUAAUGCCAAGGAGCUUGCCAACAUCCUCAAGUUCCAUGUGGCUGAUGAGAUCCUGGUGAGUGGUGCAGUCAGUGCCCUUGUGAGGCUGAAGUCCAUGCAGGGAGAUAAACUGGAAGUCAGCAUGAAAAACAACGUAAUACAUAUCAACAAGGAGCCUGUUGCUGAAAGCGAUAUCAUGGCCACGAAUGGUGUGAUUUAUGCCGUGAACUCUGUCUUACAGCCUCAGGCUUCAAGGCCGCAAGAAAGAGGUGACGAGCCUGCAGAUCCUGCGUUAGAAAUCUUCAAACAGGCAUCUGCGUUAUCCAAGGUUUCUCAGAGGAAUCCUCGACUAGCACCUGUCUACUCCCGGUUACUAGCGAGGAUGAAGAACUAG